AUGUACAGAAGAAAGAGUGAAGACGGAGGAUACUUUUCUCCGGCGCCGACGACAGUAUCUCAGACGAAUCCACAACCUCCGAUUGGUUACUGGCAAGGAAACAACAACAACAUUCCAGGGAACGUGUACACGACAAUGUCACCGAAUCUACCGGAGCAACAACAACAACAAGUAUACAUGUUUCCAGCUCAAUCUCAAGCUCCAGGGACAUUGUAUCACAGUGUAAUGAGACCACCGACACAAGGAAACCAAGGCUAUUACCCACCUGUACAGAGACUUCAUCAUCCUGAUGGGUACAUGGAGCAGCAAAGCCAGCAAGGUUACAAUGUGGUUCAACCACAACAGCCACAGUAUUCAGGUGGUCCACAAGUUAUGACUAGUGCUGGUCCAAUGGGUUUACAGGAAACGGCACCGUAUUCACAGAUGGGGAAUCAAGUGUACUACACUGUGGCUGGAGACGGCAUGAUGGUGCAACCGCAGCAGCCUCCGGCUCAGCCGCAGUACCAGGGGAUGGGUCAACCGGUUAGUGGUGUGACCGAUUCGAGAACCGGACCGGAUGGGAAAGUGACGGUUAACAUGGCACCAAAAGGAGUUUCACAGAAUUCAGACUGUGUGUGA